AUGUUAAUUACCCUAUCAAAAACAUCUAAAAACGCCCCGUUAUUAAUAUACAAUGGCUAUUCAUAUACAAUUGAUCGAAAAAGUGAGACAAAAAUUCUUUGGAAAUGUGAAUACUGUAGAAAAUAUGCCUGUCAUGGGCGAUUACAUACAAAAUUAAACUAUGAAUUUAUUAAAACAGUUGGUGAACAUGAAAAUCAUACUGGUAAUCCACGAUGUGAAGCAACCCGUAAAUAUUAUGAACAAUUAAAACAAGAACCAGAACAAAAUCAAACAAAUCCACAUAAUAUUUUAACACAAACAAAUAUCGGCGUACCAGAUGAGGUGCGUAUUCAAUUACCAAGUAAUCAUAAUUUAAAACGAAAUAUUCGUCGUUGGCGACAAGAAAACACUACUGAACCAACACCAACAAACAUUGAUUUUCCUGUUAUUCCACAAAAAUACCAUCAAACAACUCGUAACAACACCUUUUUUCAGAAAGAUACUGGUCCAGAUUCAAACCGGUUAUUAAUUUUUUUUACCGAUGAACAAAAAAAAAUCAUGGAAAAUACCACAGAAUUUUUUAUCGACGGAACGUUUAAGGUGGUACCGGAAAUCUUUUUUCAAUUAUUUGCUAUACACGCCAACUAUCGUAAUCAUGUAUUAUCAGUAGCAUUUAUUCUUUUACCAUCAAAAAAGGAACAAAUUUAUCAAAAAAUGAUUGAUGAAACUAUUCAAUUGGUUCCAGCUUGGUAG